UCGGAACGUUGACAAAAGCUGAUAGAUACAGCAGUGGUUUUGUGAUAAAUAAAUGUUUGGUUAUGUAAAGCGAGAAGCAAAAACAGCAGAAGAGGCCAGGAAAAAAGUUUCUAGCGAGAAAAUUUCGUUUUCAUUGCAGAUCAGCUAACAUUUGCUAAAAGGAUUCGCGUUAAAUCAGACAAGAAGCGGACACAUUUAAUUUUUAGAGCUUGCGCGUUCAAAUACAAUUUUGCGACGGUUACACAAGCAGUUUGUGCCGAACUCAAAAACAGAUAAAAGGAUAUAUGUACAUGUAUACAUAUACAUACAUAUAUGUACUAGACACAAAUCGAAAGCUUUCGCAAUACUGAAACGGAAAUUAAACUAAUUCGUCCUUCGUUGAGUAACAUUUAAAAAAAUAUAUAACUCAAUUAAAAUAUAAUGAGAUUUAUAAACGAGAAUCAACUUAAGUGAUGGAAAGCGUUUUAAUUUCUGAAGAAACUAGUUCCUACAAAAACAAUAAAUACAAAACAUUCACAAGUAGUCCGACUUAAUCUAAUUCUGUACUGCAGACCUUAGUAUAGCAGGAAUUGUGAUGUAAUACAAAGAUGAAAGUGAUGUAAGUGAAAUCAAGAAUAUUAAAUUCAAAAAUAUGAAAAAAUGCCACCACGCUUCAAUACUAAAAAGAGCUUUAAUUUUAAAUAAGAAAAAUAAAACAAAUUUUUUUUUUGUAUUUAAGUAAAGCAAACAGCGGAUAUUGCUUUACCUAAAUUAGAGGUUAAUAACGAAAAAAAUCAACUUCAUUUGAUUCGCCUCCUUCCACUUCUCCGCUGUACAAACGCGGCAGCGGGCAUGCAUACCUCAGCGGAUUCUACAAUUGCUUGCAGCAACGCCCAUCACACUCCAUUGCAAUUGUCUCCGCCCCGUCAGAAGUUAAGACCCGCCCUCAAUACGCACUCAAUUUCGCCUCCGUUAGCUAUAGCCUCUGUAGCUAAUUUGACAGAAGAGAAAUCUGGCUCCAACAGUGGCGGCAGCAACAGUAGUACCAACGACAACAGCACACCGCUUGUGAAACCGCCGUACUCCUACAUUGCCCUCAUCACAAUGGCCAUCCUACAAUCGCCGCAUAAAAAGCUAACACUAAGUGGCAUUUGUGAUUUUAUAAUGUCAAGAUUCGCAUACUAUAAGGAAAAGUUUCCUGCAUGGCAGAACUCCAUUAGGCACAAUUUGAGCCUAAACGAUUGCUUUAUUAAAGUUCCACGCGAACCAGGAAAUCCGGGUAAGGGUAACUUCUGGACAUUGGACCCAUUAGCCGAAGACAUGUUUGACAACGGAAGCUUCCUAAGGAGACGAAAGAGAUACAAACGUCCACCCGCUAUGCAGAGAUUUCCAUUUCCUGCGGUUUUUGGGUCUAUUUCGCCAUUUUGGAUUCGAAAACCUGUGCCUUUAGUGCCAGUUCAUUUUAAUGUCGCAAAUUUCACAGGCAAUCGUGAUUGCUUCGAUAUGUUGCAUGCGCCGACUGAUGUUUUCGAUGCGGCGCGGAGAGAAGAGAAAAAGUUCAACUUCUUUGCAGGUGCAGAUGUUCUUUCAUAUCAGAACAACGACAAAUUCGACAACAUAGUCUGUCAGAAUGCCUCGUUUAUGAGAAAAAACACAAACGUUCUCGGUGUGAUGGACGAUAAGCAAGACAACACCCAGGAUAAAUACAGCAGACUGCAUUCUUCUGUUGGAUCGGCGGCCAGUUUCAUAGAAGAACAGAAUAUCGAUUGCAGCAACUUACUCCAAUACAAAGAUUCUAACAUCUUCAAUGAAAGCGAUGAUUUGUCGUGUGAUAGAAUUGACGUCGAAAGCUCCAAUGAUCAUGACUCCCACAUAUCAGACUCAAUUGAUAGUGUAUGUACAAAUAAUAGAUUAGAUCCGCAAUUAGACGCUGAAGACGUCGUUAAAGGGAAUAAGGGUGAUGCAAAAAGAUCAUCUUCAUACAUUUUAUUAUUUGAUAAUUCAGAAAUUUCGAAUUGUUCAAACGAUCGACAAAAGGGUAACAAUAACUUUGUGGGUUUAAAAGAUACAUCGAAGGUAAAGUAUAAUGAUGAUGAAACCCACAAACAAACAAUAAUUCCCUUCGAGUACGAUCAUGUCAGAACAACAAAGCACAACAAUGCGAAAGAUUUUCGCAUAGAGGCAUUAAUUGGAAAUGUGGACGAGACCAACGGUUAGAAAUGAAAUUCAUGUAAAUUGCGUUCACAAUUUUUGUGAAUGAAGAAAUGUAAAUUUGUAUACAUUAUUGAAUGUUUGCUAUGAUGAACUUCAACCACAAAUAUGAUCAAAUAUGCGGUAACUUUUAAAAUGUAUGUAUAUUUCUUAAACUUGGUAUUCUGUAAAUGUGAGAAUCGCAAAUCUAAUUAAUGUGUUAUGUAAAUUGUAUGAGUAGCUUAUGAGUAUGAAGAAGAAAUUUAUAAAUAAACCAUCUAUCCAGUUUUA